AGGGCAGCAGGGAUACACAUAUGUGGAUAAGGUACGUAUCGGUCAUACAAUAAUUUGAAGUUUGUACCUCGUAGUAAGGUUUGCUUACUGGAGACGGCAAAAGUCCGGCAGAAAGUGACCUGUAGUGGAAAGUGCACAGGUCUAACGGAAAAAUAGCGUGGUAGUGAAUUGGAUAAUGAGACAUUGUGUUGUGCUAGAAUCAAAAUUCACUUUUUUUUUUUCUUUAACCAGUGGACCUCGACUCCGAAUUUUUCCUCUUACCUGAAUUUGACAGGCAUUAGGACCCUGAGAUCUGGCCUCCUAACCUCUCGGUUCGCCGACCAUUUCUUAUUACCUAUUUGUACCUUAAAUCGUCUUCUUUCUUUAGAUAUUGAUUGUGACUUUUUAAUUUGUCGCUGUCUUUAUCUAGUUUCGUCCAUUUCCUAUUCCCGUCCGACUCGUGCUCCAUCCUCGAUAACGAAUUUCGGUAAAAGACACGACUUACGCUAUUUUAACCAACAUGGCUGAAGUAGCUGAUACCCCGGUUCCCGCCGCGGGUGAGAAGAAGAGGCCCGAGAAGCCCAAUGCCGAUCUCUUCAAUGAGCAAUUGGCUAAGGCUGAGAAGGAAUACCAGGAAUCAUUUGCUAAAUAUAAUGCUGUCAAGCAGAAGGUCGAAAUUGCCGCCCCGAACAAGAACAAAGAGAACCAGUCACCUACCCAGAAGCGCCGCCAGGAGCUUAUUGCCCAAGCCAACGAGAUUCGCAACAAGCAGGGCGCCGGCAAGAAUGCUCGCAACUCCAAGCUAGACCAGAUUAAGCGCCUCGAUGAACAGCUUCGCUCCCGGAUCUCCGAACAAAAGAAUGCACGCGGAAAGGUAGCUUUCAAGAGCGUUGAAGAUGUGGACCGUGAAAUCGAUCACCUCGAAAAGCAGGUUAAUGGCGGCAUGAUGAAGCUGGUCGAUGAGAAGAAGGCACUUGCCGAAGUUUCAAACCUCCGAAAGCAGCGCAAGAACUUCGCCCAGUUUGACACUUCGCAGAAGGGUAUCGAUGAAUUGAAAGCCAAGAUCAAGGAGAUCAAGGACAGCAUGGAUGACCCCGAAACCCGCGCACUUAGCGACCAGUACACUAAGAUUCAGGCCGAGCUCGACAGCAUCAAGGCGGAGCAAGAUGAGGUAUUCAAGAACCUCAACGUCCUGCGCGAUGAGCGAAGCAGACUUCAGGCCGAGCAACAGGAGAAAUUCCAAGCCGUACGGAAGAUCAAGGACGAGUACUAUGGUGCGAAGAAGGUAUUCGCCGAGUAUGAACGUGAGGCCCGUCAACGAAUUCGGGAGCGUCAGAAGGCUGAGCGCGACCGUAUUGAGAAGGAGCGGAAGAAGGAGCGUGCGCAAAAGUUGCUCCAAGAGGCUAGCGACCCGGCCUAUCUCGAAGAGAUUCGCAGAGCCAACAGUCUACUACACUUCUAUGAUCCGUCUUCGACCUCGACCGAAAAGGCGCCUCUUCUGGCUGACAGCGGUUUGGGCGCUCAGGCUUCGCGAAAGGUCGACGAUUCUGGUUUGAAGGGCACUCGGUUGGUACGAAAGGAAGACCGUGAGGACGACUAUUUGCCAGCCGUCAAGAAGGGUAAGAAGGGCAAGAAGGCUGUUGUCGCAGCCGAGAAACAGGGUUUCAACUGCCCCCCUUCUGUUAUCGAUGACUGUGGAUUCCUGGGAAUUGACCCACCCAUGGCCGCCUCUGAUGUUCCCGCUGUUAUCGAGAAGGUCAAGGCCAAGCUCGAAAACUGGAAAUCUGAUCAGCAAGCCCAAACCCAGCGUAACAUCGACAAGGCCAAGAAGGAGAUCGAGAAAAUCGAGGCUGAAGAGGCAGCUGAAGCUUCUGGUGCUGCAACCCCUAAUGGCGUCAACGGAGAUAAUAAGUCCGAUGAUAAGGUGGCUGCUGUAGCCUCGGAGUUGAAGGAGGCGUCGCUUGAGGAGAAAUCGGCCUAGAAGUCCGAAUUACCCCUAAAGCCACAAUCCGAGGAUCAAGAUUUGACCGAGGUCAAAUAAACGGUUUUCUGGUCAUCAGACCUUCAACACAUACACGAUCUAAACUCAUCCCUUUAUUUGAGAGAAGAUUAAGUUUCUCCGGGGACACAAAAAAGGCUAUGGGAAAAUCAAGGUUUAGAUUUCCACGUCGUCACAUGUAUUUAGCAUCAAAGCGCCUCCAGCUAUACCUAUACCUACCUCCUCUACCCAUAGUAUGCACUCCCGCUUUUCGUACCCUCUCGACGUCUGUACGACUCGCCUAUCAUGAUGGGUUGUCGGGUCUAACAGCGUCUGAGACAUGACAUGACAUGACACGAGACAAUGAUAGGAUAGCAUAGAUAUGAAAGGUAC